AAUUUAGGAUUUAGGGUUGUGGGGCCGAACGAAGGCUUCUCUUCCUGCCACUCAGCCCCUGCCCAGCACACUGAAACCGGCCCAUUCUCUCUCCGUCUCAACGACGGAUCCAGGAGCUGGCGCCGGAAAAUUGAUGAGUUUUCUGGGAGUAUGGGUUUGGGUUUCUCCACCUAUGGCGGCGCUCUCAGGCACCAUUCAGCCUCCUACAACAGGGUUUGGUUCUCUUGCGUCUCCCGAGUAAUCUCCUCCUCGAAUGCGACGGCCCAUAUACGCCCCUACUCGUCCAACAGAAGGCAAUUCACCCCGCUCUCGCCGGCUUCCGCUGCACCUACAAUUGGGACUUGUUUAUACAUAGAAGAUACCAUUUCUCCACUUGGGCAAGAAGUUGAUUCAACAUCACAAUUGCCUUGCUUAAAGUCAAGGAGUGAUAACCAGAAAAUUGUGAAGGGUUGUGCGUCAGUGGAAAACCAUGAUGCUAAAAUUCGAAGAGUAGCUGCUCAGUUUAGACGUGGAGUUGGAAAUGGGGGUGGCUACAAUGGUGGCCAAGAUGUUGAAGGCUCUUCUAAGAUUGGUAUCCCCAUUAAACAGAUAUGGGCUACAUGUAAGGCAGUAACUAAGAAACAACUUGCUGGUAUAUAUGACAAAAUCCUUGUCAUUGAUAAUAUCUCAACAGCUAAAGUGGUGGUUCAAUUUCUUACCAAAAAGUACAUGAAAUUUAUCCAUGCAUGUCAUGUAGAGGUUACAAACUUUGAUGAAAAUUCAGAGACGCCAGUUGGCCAUGGGGAAAUCAUAUGCUUUAGUAUCUACUCUGGUCCAGAAGCUGAUUUUAAUGAAGGAAAAUCAUGUAUAUGGGUUGAUGUUCUAGAUGGCGGGAAGAGUAUACUACUGGAAUUUGCUCCAUUUUUUGAAGACUCGUCCAUCAAGAAGGUUUUCCAUAAUUAUAGUUUUUUCAGUCAUGUGUUAAUGAACCAUGGGAUCAGGCUUUCUGGGUUCCAUGCAGAUACCGUGCAUCUGGCACGACUUUGUGAUUCUACCAGAAGAGCUGAUGAAGGGUAUUCACUUGAGUCACUUUUGAAUGAUCCAACUAUAAUGUCUUUGCAAGAGUUAAAUGCUUUUGAUGCAUUAAUUAGGGGAAAGAAAUCAAUGAAAUCCAUAUUUGGUAAGAAAAAGUUAAAAAAAGAUGGUUCAGAGGGAAAACAUAUCAUUCUUUCUUCUGUUGAUAUCCUUCAGAGAGAAGAACGGAUAUUAUGGAUUUGUUAUUGUGCUUUAGAUUCCAUAAGAACUUUAAAGCUCUUCGAUUCCUUGAAAGAAAAGCUUAUGGAUAUGCCAUGGAAUCUUGAUAGUGAAGACAGAGGAACAAUGUAUGAUUUCUAUUUAGAAUACUGGCAACCUUUAAGUGUUGUACUAGUGCAAAUGGAAUCCAGGGGAGUGCUUGUUGACAGACAUUAUCUUUCAGAGAUGGUAAAACUUGCUCUUUCUCAAAAGGAGAUUGCUACAAACAAAUUCAGGAAGUGGGCAUCAAACUACUGUCCAGAUGCUGGAUACAUGAAUGUUGGAAGUGAUGCUCAAAUCCGUCAGCUAUUGUUUGGUGGUGCAUUGAAUAGGAAUGAUCACAAUGAAUGCUUGCCUGAUUGCAAGUCAUUCAAGGUGCUUGAUACUGUGAAUGAUUUUGAAGAGGGGAAAAAAUCUCCUAAAUUCCGUACUAUUUUGCUACAUAGGAUUGGUGAAGGUUUACAAACUGAUGUAUAUACAGCCAGUGGGUGGCCUUCAGUUAGUGGCAAUGCUCUUAAAGUUUUUGCCGGAAACUUGAAUGAUGGGUACAAGGAUCAGUCUGGUAGCAGGAAAGAUAUCUUGGUGGACCAAACAGAACAGAUUUCUGAUGUCCCCUAUGUUUGUACAACUGGUGAACACAUUUGUGGUUAUGGAUCUGCGUACAAGGCAUUUGGUGGAGGUAAAGAAGGGAGAGAAGCUUGUACAGCUAUAGCAGAUCUUUAUGAUGCUGGUUCUAUUGACUCCUUGAUAUCAAAUUACCUUCUCCCAUUACAGGAUAGUUGUCUUUCAUGUGCUGAUGGACGAAUUCAUUGUUUGCUGAACAUAAAUACUGAAACUGGUCGCAUAUCAGCCAUGAGGCCUAAUCUGCAGACUGUACCUGCACGGGGAAAGGAUCGAUACAAAAUUCGACAGGCCUUCAUUGCUGAACCUGCGAACUCUCUCAUUGUUGCGGAUUAUGAACAGCUGGAGCUUAGGAUACUGGCACACCUUGCUAAUUGUACAAGUAUGUUGGAUGCCUUCAGAGCUGGUGGAGAUUUCCAUUCUAGAACAGCUACCAAUAUUUAUGCACAUGUGCGAGACGCUGUUGAAGAAAAAAAAGUACUGCUUGAGUGGCAUCCUCAACUGCAAAAAUAUGAACCUCCGGUCCCAUUACUAAAGGAUGUAUUUGCUGCUGAAAGGAAGAGGGCUAAAUUGCUUAAUUUCUCUAUUGCGUAUGGCAAAACUCCUCUUGGAAUUUCUCAUGAUUGGAAGAUUCCCAUUAGGGAAGCUGAAGAGACAAUCAAUUUGUGGUACAAAGGGAGGGAAGAGGUUUUGCAUUGGCAAAAUCAACAAAAAAUGGAAGCUAGAAAUAACAAAUUUGUCAAGACAUUACUUGGGCGAUCACGCCAUUUUCCUUCUUUGGUGAAUGCUGGAAAUGCUCAGAGGGCUCACAUUGAUCGAAUGGCUAUUAAUACUCCAGUUCAGGGCAGUGCUGCAGAUGUGACCAUGUGCGCAAUGCUAGAGAUUGAGCAAAAAGUUCAGUUGAAGGAGCUUGGCUGGAAAUUGCUACUGCAGGUUCAUGAUGAACUAAUACUGGAAGGACCAACGAAGUCAGCUGAACUUGCCAAAGCCAUUGUCGUCGAUUGCAUGACCAAACCCUUUAACGGGACAAACUUUCUCAAGGUUGAUCUUGCCGUGGAUGCCAAGAUCGCUCAGAACUGGUAUGCAGCCAAAUGACAUAAGCACCAGACUUCCCAACCUUUUUGUUUGUUUGUUUGUUUGUUUUUGUAUAUAUACACACCCAAAUUGAAGGCCUGGCAUCUGUUCUGUAGAGGCUCAAAGCAUCAGAAACUGGGAGGCUAGUAUGAUAUCUGAAAAUCUUGUAUAUCAGAACAUCUUUAGUAAUACAUUAGCAUGAGAAUGAUUAACUGAAUUUUUCUUGCUUUUA